CCUCAACAAGUCUUCCUUCCAUUUCCCGCGAUCUGCAGUGUCGGGAGGUUGGGGUCCAAUGUCUCUCAUUCGGAUGUAGAAUUUUAUUUCGGUCAAAUUUAGAAACGAACAUCGAAAAUGACGUCAACAGAUUCAGUAACGGAAACAAUGGAAUCACCACAACUGAAAAAGACAGAAUUUGCGGACCCCAUGGCAGUAACUUGGGCUAAUAAAUACAGCGAUAGUUUGCAGAAGUAUUGGAACAGGUUACCGAAUUUUCUUGGUACAUUCAUCGCUACUGUGGCAGUCUUCAUCCUCGGGUCCUCCGUAAGAGGCGAAUGGCUCCUCAUUCUGGUGCACUUCCUGAAAGCCUUCAGUUAUGGUGGCGUUUCCAAUGAGACAUCAAACGGUUCUCUCCCUUCUGGGCGUCCCUGGAGUCUUAACCUUGAGGAUUAUCGCCUCCAAGGUGUCGGUUACUACUGGGUGUACUCCACCACUAUCUCCUACACCUUCUACAUUGGUGUUGGUGGCUUCUUACAUUGGUAUUACUACGUCCGCCAAAGGGACCGUCCAGAGGAAUGGAAAUGUCAGCCCAAGAAGUUCAUGAGUCCAGAGCUUGAACGUGACGAGAUACUAUUAGGUUCUCUCUCCCUCUUCAUCGGUUCCACCAUAUCAGCCUUCAUAUCGUGUUACAUUAUGAAUGGGGGCGCUACGAAGAUAUACUAUAACGUCAGCGAUUAUGGAUGGUUAUGGUACUUCGCCUCAUGGCCUGUCGUCUUCAUAUGGCAGGAUUACCUCACGUACUGGCACCACAGGUUUUACCAUCUGCCCUUCUUCUACAAAAAUUUCCACAAGCUUCACCACAAGUACAAGCAACCCACUGCGUUCAGCGUCACAGCCAUUCACCCGUUCGAGUUCAUCCACAUGCAAGCAGUGCUCGUGAGCCCCAUGGUUCUCUUCCCGGUUCACUGGACGGUGUUCGUGACGAUCCUGGCCUACCUGUACUACCACGGCAUCAUCGACCAUUCAGGCAUCAACUUCAAGGCCCACUGGUGGCAGCCUUGGCAACCGGACUGCAUCUUCCACGAUAAUCACCAUCAGUACUUCCAUGUCAACUUCGGGUUCAACAUGGAAAUCUGGGAUAAAAUUCAUGGGACGUACAGGCAGAAAAACAAGGUGUAUCGGGAAGAUAUUUUCUAUGGCAAAGGAAAAGACAUCAGCAGCUGUACGCAGUCCGAACUCAAAGAAGAUUUAAGCCAGAGAGAAUCAGAGAACGUCUUGGCCUACCGAGGUCAAGUACGGGAUGAACAGAUAGAAGAAGUCAGGCGGAAAAUCCAGUAAUGGGUUCUCAGGCAUAAUUUUGUCUGAUGGAAUGUUAACUCAAACUGCUAGGGCGUCUCUGUGUCUACCAAGCAUAUAUAUCUAUUCAUACUAGCCUUGGAUAUAAACCGGGUUUCAAUAAUUAAUGUUCAUAUAGACUCGAGACUGUUUUACAACACCUAUUAGUACAUUUUAAGUACCAGACAUUUCUACGUAUCUAUGACAUCCUGACAAAAUUUGAAGUUAUGCCGUCAUUGCCUUCGUUAAUCCAUCUGGUGUAAGCCAGUUUAAUCCAUAGUUACUAGAAAACAAAAUGAUGUAUGUGGAAAAUUCUUCCCUUCAGAGAGUUUUAGUGCUGCGAUGUGCAUGAGUCUAAAACCUUAUUGUACAGAGGCAGCUAGAGAGUAGUGAGUAGCCGGUUCCUUCACCAUAAGCUGCUGAAAGUAUCACAUUUUAACGCAUGCAGGCGUUACACUGAGCCACAUGUAUAAUAUGGUGAUGGUGGAUACGCGGAAAUAAUGAGAGCAUUGGUGUUUUGCCUAGCUUUAGGUAUUACUCCUCUUCAGCGAAUCAUUCGUGCUAAGAAAUCCAGAGUGAGGCUUUCAAUACACGCACACUACUGAGCUGAAAAUAUGAACAAUAUUGAUAAAUGUAUUAUCAAAUUUGAAAUAUUAAAGAGAGUUAUCAC